AUGUCUCAUGCCGAGGCCUCCUACAUCCCCACGGCGGGGAUUCUGAUCGAGACCUCGUUGGGCUCGCUUGUGUUCGAUCUCUACGGCUGUGAUUGCCCCGGGUUAACCGCGAAUUAUGCCAAUCUCUGUCGUUGUCAUUUCUGGAAUGGCGCGGUCGCCACAGAGGUGAUCCCGGGCGCGGCGAUCUUCUUCUCGCACGCUGCGGAUCCCGUUUACGAUGCGCUCCUCGGUGGGAUCGUCACGUCGUCGUCUGGGGGGGGUUGCGGGAGUUUCUGGGCGUUGCUGCAGCGCUCCCCGGAGGAAGGCUGGCGGCUCGACGCGGCGCGGCAGCUUCGCUCGCCAGGGUGGGAUUCCACGCGGGAGCGGGAGCUCGCAAAGGCGCGUUCGUGUAUGGGCAUCACCCCCUUUGCGAGCCCCGACGGGAAAGGGAGGAAGGGCGUCUCCCCUGUGGUGUUUCAACCCGCAAACGGACGGCGGGCCGUGGGUUCCCUCAGUCGCCGGGGGUUGCUCAUCGUGAGCACCCCGACAUCGUCCUCGGGAGGGGGUGGGGGCCUUUCCUCGGAGGCGUUUCGUUUCGGCAUCACCCUCAGCGAUCGCCCGCUGGACUUUCUUGAGGAUCAAUACGUGGCGAUCGGGGAGGUGGGGGAGGGGUGGAAUGUGCUCGAUCGCCUUCGCCGCGCGCCACACGCGGAGGCCGGCCCUUCCCGCUGGCCUCGACCCCUGCGGAUGCUUCGGAUUAAACACACAACGGUGCUCCCUACCGCCGGUGUGGAUGGAUUUCUCACGGCCCCCUCCUCUACGCUGGAGGAGGGGGCGUCGCCUCAGAAACUUCAGCAGCUUCAAACUCUCCGCCGUGGGCUGCAGGUGGCGGGGUGUUUCGCGUUUUGGGCACCCCCAGGGGCGAUCGCGGCGGCCGCGCGGGUUCUCGCCCAACAGGCCGCCAUGACUGCUACGCGUUACCCCCCUCCCUCUCUUCCUUCUACGGCAACCUCGGAGGAGGAGGUGAUGGAUGCGCUCGAAGGCGAGAAGGCUCGCGCGCAGCCCCUCGUCCUCCCCCCUCGUGUGGAGGAGGAGAUCCCUUCACCGGAGUAUAAUGCGCAUUACACCGGUGAUUACCUCAGCUCCGGGGAGGAGGAUCUCCCCUCCACCGCCGCCUCCGCGGCGGAGCAGCGCCAGCGACGGCAGGCCAUCCUCGAGAUGCAUCGCGAGCACGCCAACACCACGCUCGCGCUUAUGAUGAACCUCCUGAACGGGGUUGCCGACGUCGAGGGGGAGCUCAAACCGCCGGAGAACGUGCUCUUUGUGUGCAAGCUAAACCCCAUCACCACGGGCGAGGGCUUGGCGAUGUGUUUCGCGCAGUUUGGCAAGGUUCUCUCCGCGGAGGUGGUGAUGGAUAAGUCGUCGAAGCGCUCCUUAUGCUAUGGGUUCGUGGAGUUCGAUACGGUGGACGCGUGUUACCGGGCUUUUCAGAAGAUGGAUCGCGCCCUCAUCGAUGACUCUCGAAUCCACGUCGACUUUUCUCAGUCGGUGUCGAAGCUGUGGUUUCAAAAGCAGCGUGAGAUGCGAAAACGUGCGCGGGGAACGUAG